CAGCAAACAAGUUUGAACAUUUAUCGAAAUUUUUCUCUUACAAAAUACAAAAUUUAUAAUUCAUUUCUGCCGGCACCAUGAUCUCUCGUCCGCCCACGAUGUUGAUGUGUGCGCGAAUGGUCAAUCGCUGUGUGACGCACUGCCUGGCCAACAAGUCCGAGGCGACGCUGGAGCCGCAACGACGCUUCAGUCAGGCGUGUCUCGUGAAGAAGACGCCAUCGCAGUGUGAGUACCGUGCGAUUGGCACUGCGGAGUCCACAUCCAAGGAGCAGAUGCUCGAUCAGCUGUUCCAGCAGGACGAAGUCGAGGCGGCUGAAGAGUACAAUCCAGCAGAGGACUCUGUUAGUGUGAAGACUUUACGCGCUGGCGACACGAGCGCUGCAGCAGCGAUUACGUUUCAGCCGCGAAAAGAUUAUCACGACAUCCGUCGGAGCACUAGCAGGGAGUCCUGUGAGGACAAGGACGCGGCGAGUGCAGCGGAAACCACAAAUGAUUACGAUCUGUGCAUUAGUCGUGCAGUGGACGACAUCAUUGCCGGCUGCCCCGUCUCCGAUGCUGGCUGGUUCCAUGAGAGCUGGAACAGCUACGAUGCAGAGUGUCCGUUGGCAGCGGAUGGCAAUGCAGAGCAAUCGGUGGCCGAUAAAGCAGUGCAGGAGCAGGCCACAGAGGAAGGCAAAGCAGAAACGAGUCAGUUGGCAGGGGAUGAGAGCCCAGAGGUGUGGGACAGCACUGAGUCAAACGAUUUGGCGGGAUUUGCGCAAUUCUUGGAAUCAAUUCAGGACACAAAGAGCAUCGCAGCAUCCGAAAUAGAAGCCUUGUUCAAGGAGUAUAUAACCAAAAGUAAUGCUCAAGUGGAAGGACCAGGCAAUGCGAAUACCUGGGUGCCCGAUCGCAGUGUCUAUGACGAGUGCAUGAAUAAGGCUGCAGAAAAUACUACCCAAGAGCUUACAGCUAGCACUAUGCCACCCGAUUUGUCUGUCCACAGGGAAGCCACUGAUGCAUCCGAGUUUAAAAUGCACCCCCAGUGGAUCAACGAGAGGGGAGUUCCUGUUGAUGAGCCAGUGGGUCUCCAGUCCCAGGAAACUGAUACUGAAAACGAACACCAGUCGGAUGCCAUAACAGACUUUACCGAGUUCCUGCGCCGAGAAUCCGAAGCGCCAGAGGCCAUAGAUCCUACAGUUCAAGCCUACAGACCCUUCAGAAUUAUAGAAGUUCCAGCUGACAUGAUGAACUCCAGCAGCAAGGUAUCCACCGGACUUGACGCUUCUCAGAACACUCAACCUCGCCCUGCUGUGCCGAUUGCCGCCGGCAAAGCGGGAGAGGGUAUGCAGAAGCUGCCAACGGAUAAGCCAACUGUCUCCAAGGGGGAUGGAGCCAGGGAGCACCGCAUGCACACCAAGCUAACGGAGAAGCAAUCGCAUACACUGGUGGUGCUCGCUCUGCAGCUUGCACUGAACGAACUGAAGUCUGGCAAGGCCAAUCUCAAGACAAAGAUCACCUUCACCAAACCCUAAAUAAUGGUGGGCAAGGCAGCUGGAUUUAAUUACAUUAACUUUCGGACUAUCAAAAUUAUCAAUAUAGUUACAGAUUUAUUUAAUCAACAUAUGAAAUGGCUGGAAA